CGACCUUAUUCGUCUCGUAGCAACAGGCGUCACAUCGCUGUGAAAACAUGAGCCGAGAUUUCAAACCCGGAGACUUGAUCUUUGCUAAGAUGAAAGGUUAUCCCCAUUGGCCAGCCAGGGUGGAUGAAAUUCCAGAUGGAGCAGUAAAACCUCCUAUGAAUAAAAUGCCUAUAUUCUUUUUUGGCACUCAUGAGACGGCAUUCUUGGGACCAAAGGAUAUAUUCCCUUAUUAUGAAAAUAAAGAAAAAUAUGGCAAACCAAAUAAAAGAAAAGGCUUUAAUGAAGGAUUAUGGGAAAUUGACAACAAUCCCAAAGUGAAAUUCUCUCAUCAGCAGUCCCAUUCAGCUGUUAACAGUGCUGUCAAAGAAACUAUUUGCGAAAGUUGUCAAGAGCCUACUGAGGGCAAUGAAGAAAAAAGAGAAGCCAAAAGGAGGAAGUCUGUUAUUUCCAAAUCAUCAAGUAAGCAGGAUAAUAAUUUACCUACAGAAGACAGAGAGAUGGAUACUGUCAAAGAAGAUGAUGUCCCGUUUGAAAAACUCAGUAGCAAAGAUGUGAUGAAAACAAAUGAUAUAUGCAUUCCUAAAGUUGUUAGAAGAGGAAGGAAGAGAAAG